AUGGGUCCAUUCCAGAAGCCGGCAACUAAAACAUUGAGAAAGACGAAAUUCGAAUACACCCUCUGGGCCCCUUCGACGGGGAGUCAAAAAGGCGCAGAGAAGGGGCCCCAGAUGAAACCGUUUCGCGCGGAGCCGAGUGAAUUCUCCUCAGGCAAUCAUGAAAGCUUGAGGCAUAUGGGAUAG